UGGCCCUUGCUCGGUGGUCCAAUGUCCACCUGGAUACCGAUGCAGAGUAAACAGAUUCGACAGUCCAGCUUGUCACAAAGAAUUCCAAGGUUGUGGCUCACCGCCUCCAGUGGUACCAAACAGCGAGGUAAAGUAUGAUGGCCAUUACAUGGGAGCCGAGGCUAAGUACACGUGCACAGACGACUUCCGGUCCUGUCACAUGAAUUCCAUAAGCGUGUGCCAGGCAUCUACCGGCAUGUGGCAGAAAGUGACUGACGUCUGUGGACGCUUCAGAUUCCUAAAUACCGGCCGGGCAGGUUUCCCCUGUGGCCCAGCAAGACGCUUCACUGCGACGUUUCAAGGAGUUCUGACGGAUAACAUAAUGGAAAUAUCAACUCGAUCAGAAGAUUGGUCAAUCUCUACGUUCCAUGUAGGGUUUACGGUUGACAAAAACAGCAUCUCAUACAAUACACUCUUCGGGGGAACAUGGAGCACGGCCGUGAAUGUAUCAGCGAUGAUUCUACCACCCCGCCAGGACUUUAACAUAGAAGUCCAACUCAAGGAAGGCGUUUACACGCUGGAGAUAGAUGGUUUCGCUUUGCCACCUUUCCCGGAGAGACAAGCAAACGUACAACCGGGCCUUAUAAUCGCACGUGGGGACGUCAACGUCAGCACUGUCGUCGUUCAAAUAUGACGUUGAGAUGACUUCAAUGGGACCGUGCUUCGUAUAUAGCAUAGGAUCUCGUACAGAAUACCUUAUCCAAUAUCUCUGCCAGGUGGCGAUACACUGUCACCAAGAAUGGCCCUCUGUGAUAUAUGGCGAUACGUUCAGGACAAGGGAUGGUUGAAUGUCAGAAUCGCCGGAACGGCAGCACUGCCAUAUCACUGAGGGACACUCCUACACAUUUUUUUGCCAAUUUACAAUGCUGGAAAGCCACACUAGAUAAAUAUUCAAAAGGAGCCACGUAUACCAUAGUUUAAAAUGAAUCCCUGAAUUUCGAAAAUGAUUUAAAUAUGAAAGUAUGUAUUUGGCGAGACUUAUUAAAAUUUAGAACCUCCAAUCUCAAUCUCCCAAUUGAAAAGGUAAGAUGGAAAAAAAUAACUUUAACGGAAAGAAAAUAUCUAUGAAGUCAAUCAUUUUAGUUAGGUGAUGAGUUCCAAUAUCUGGUUAUCUGUCCACUAUUUCAAAAUGAGAGAAAACAGCUAAUU